ACAUCGUCUUUGCGAACUUUGAGCCACUAUGGUUAUUCAUUAGAGGCAGUUGAGGUUGUGCCAAAAAACGUGACAGGAAAGUGCUGCAUGUGGAUGCCACGGAGAAUAACGUGAAGCCUCCACAUGUACUAGGUCUCCGCAGUAAUGCGCUCAACAAGCCACGUGAUGAGAUGGGCGGAUUGAAGGUCUCAGACGUGGAGGCAACUGAGAUUCGUCCUCCACCACCUGGAUUCACUAUGCCACCACGAGGACUUAGAGUGCAUUCCAAAUUGGGAAAAAUAAAUAAAAUAAAAACAUUUGCAACUUUUUUAUUUAUUAUAAUAUUUCAGCAGUGUGUGAGAGAGAGAGAUUGCCUGUUUUUUUUGGGCAACAUCAACCCAAAAAUCUGGAAAAGUCUAGUUGUUUUGUAUAGAAAUAUGGUGUACUUGUCAUUUGAUUUUGUAACAGGAUGGUUCGGGUGGUGUUCCUGCACCCUGAUCUGGGUAUAGGUGGAGCAGAGCGUCUGGUGGUGGAUGCAGCUGUAGCUCUGCGCUCUCGUGGCUGCAGUGUGCAGAUCUGGACAGCCCACUAUGACCCCCAGCACUGCUUCUCUGAGACCCUCUCACCUGACCUACCUGUGGUGUGUGUGGGUGACUGGCUGCCCACCAGUGUGUUUGGGUAUUUCCAUGCCCUGUGUGCAUACCUGCGCAUGAUCUAUGUUACUAUGUAUCUCUUGUUCUUCAGUGGGGAGGAGUUUGAUGUUGUCUUCUGUGAUCAGGUUUCAGCAUGUAUUCCCUUUUUGCGUUUGGCACGUCAUAGGAAGAAAGUUCUGUUCUACUGUCAUUUCCCUGACCAGUUGCUGACUCAGCGUAACUCUGCUUUGAAGCGCCUGUAUCGUGCUCCCAUUGACUGGUUUGAGGAACUGUCCACUGGCAUGGCAGACUGCAUUUUGGUAAACAGCCAGUUCACCAAAGGAGUCUUCAAACAGACUUUCCCCAAAUUAGCUGAGAUCCACACCGAUAUCCUAUAUCCCUCUCUGAACUUCGCAGCUUUUGAUGGUGAAGUAGAGGGCCUCAGUGGGCUGGUCCCUGAGGGACGGAGCUUCCUCUUUCUGUCAAUCAACCGCUAUGAACGCAAGAAGAACCUGCCAUUAGCACUACAGGCGUUAGCGGCUCUGAAGGAGCGCCUAUCUGAAAAUCAGUGGGAGCGCGUGCACCUUGUGAUGGCGGGAGGAUAUGAUGAGCGAGUGACUGAGAAUGUAGAGCAUUACGAAGAGCUGUGCUCACUAGUGGCUUCUCAUGGCCUGGAGGACCACGUCACCUUCCUGCGCUCCUUCUCGGACAAACAGAAAUUGUCCCUGCUGCACAGCAGCAUUUGUGUACUGUACACACCCAGCAAUGAACACUUUGGCAUCGUACCAAUAGAGGCUAUGUACUCGCAUACUCCUGUUAUUGCAGUUAACUCGGGUGGACCACUGGAGUCUGUGGCUCAUGGUAAAACUGGCUUCCUGUGUGAACCAACACCUGAGUGCUUCUCUGAGGCUAUGCAAGAGUUUGUUGCAGACCCUAAACUCAAGCAGCACAUGGGGCAGGCUGGCAGAGAGAGGGUCCAGCAGCGCUUCUCACUGCAGGCCUUUACUGAGCAGCUCCACAAUCACAUCAUCAACCUUACCCAGUAACACUCUGUAACAUCUUACAGGACCAGAUCUGCUGUGGACCAGCACAUGAAUGCAUUUUGCCAGUCAGGUUGCCCUAGAGUGACUAAUGAAAGUAUGUGUUCUCUAAUGAAAGAAAAGAGCAGUAAAGGCAGCACAAGAAUGUGGAGCACAUUGAGAGGUGAAUGAAUUACUGUGUGCUGGUUACAUUGAUCGAAGUGUGGCAUGGCAAGGCCUGAGAACUGUAUGUGUUUAUGUUAUGCCAUUAGAGAGUUUCUUGUGCAGAAAUCGAUAGAGAAGUUUUCUGUGCCCUGCUCUAUUCUGCAGAGUCGCUGCUUUUGUUUGGUGAUACAAUGGAGGAUGGUAAGAGUUAUUUAAGUCUCAACUAAAGAUGCUCAUAACAAGUUAGUCUGAGUAGUCUAAAGAGAAAGUUUUCCUAAGACACUGAAGGUCAUAUGAAGGCUGUUUUGGUUUGAGGUUGUUACUGGCUGUGUUGUAUAUGUCCUCAUAGAGGAACUUCUAUUGAUACGAGACCAAAGCACUGAUUAAAUGAAAUUCUACAAUA